AGAGAAGGAUAGGAAUGGAAGAGGGAGAUAGAGAGAGAAAGAAGGAGAGAAAGAGGAAAGAAAACGAGAAAGAGAGUGAGAGACAAAGAGAGAAAAGAGAGAGAGAGAGAGAGAAAAUGGAAUUUCUCUAUUUCACAUGUCCUCACUUUCUUCAUUACAGAUUAAUAAACCUUUUGAUGGAUCUGGAAUAACUCCUUUAAUGUGGGCCUGCUAUAAGGGCGCCGAUAGAAGAAUCAUCGAAGUAUUGCUAAAAGCUGGUGCGGAGUUAGAAGCGAAAGACAGAUGGGGUCGUUCAGCUUUGCAUUUGGCUGUGUGGAGUGAUCACCUUCAUGCAGUGGAGAUCUUACUAUCUCGGGGUUGUGACGUGAAUCCUCGAAAUGUAAAUGGUCAAACACCGCUACACCGGGCCUGUUGGUGGGGACACUUGCACACUGUCGAUCUUUUGUUGGGUCACAAUGGCAUUGAUGCCAAUGUGGUUGACAACGAUGGAGACACACCACUGCAUGUGGCAAUUCGGAGUACUUUCAGGCGAAACUAUAAAGUGGUGUGUGCGAUGCUGAAGCAGGAUUCAGUGAAUUUAGAAAUUGUGAACAAAGAAUACAGGACACCAUUGCUUGAAGCUGUUUCGGACGGUCACCUCGGAAUAAUGCAGCGGCUGAUAGCCAGGGACGCGAAUGUAAAUGCCGUCGACCAUGGAGGAAAUAAUUGCCUGCACCUGGCGUUAAAAAGAAAAAACAACUUUCAUUCUGAGGUGGAGCACAUGACCAUGUUAGAUCAGUACUUAAAAGAUCUGAAACUGGGAAAGAAAAAAAGGUACUCUGAUGUGGUAGUUGCUUGCUACCUAGCCCACCACGGGGCCAACUUUUACUGUAAAAACAAAUGUGGUAGAACACCAUUGGACCUAAUAGAAAAGGAAAAUUUUAAAAAGACGUUAAAUAUGUUAUUCCGACCAACGCAAUGUGUGUUUUGUGAAGACGAAGUGGCCACAGAGACGUUCUUUCCAUGUAAACAUCUUUCGCUGUGUAAGAAAUGCUGUCCCCCAAAGAUACCUAAACGAUGCCCUACGUGUGGACAGAAGAUAACGAGCAAAAAUAGUUUGGAGGGUCCAAAGUCGUCAAAGCCGGAAGUCCAGAUGUUAGCAGAACCACCUGUGAAUCGAACAUUUGAAGUCAAGGAAACACAGACAUUGGCUGAACCUGUAGUGAAUCGAACAUUUGAAGUCAAGGAAACACAGACACUGGCUGAACCUGUAGUGCGUCCAAAGGUUGAAGACAAGGCAUCCCAGACAGAGGCUCAGCCACUUGAUAUACUAACGCUAGAGGUGAAGCAUCUACAUCGGGUGUCCAAAAAGUUGGCCGGUAAAUGGCAGCAACUUGGAAGGGAAUUAGAAAUUACAGACGAGGACCUGCAAAUAGUCAGGCACGAAAAUCCUUAUAACAUUGUGGAACAAGGCUAUCAGAUGCUUCUCAAAUGGUUCCAAAGUUGCGAUCCAGCGAAACGUACACCUCAAACAUUAAAAGAAGCACUUUUAGAAACCGAAUGUUUCGUGGCAGCUGAAUGUUUAUUAUCAGACUUCAGUUGAAUUUCUUGUAAAUAUUGCUGUUGUUUAACCCCAAGUUUACCUUCACCACACACAGGCAUAUGAUUAAAUGCCUUCCAUCCAGGACCAUCAUGUUUUCCUUGUCUAAUGUGUCAUUCUUUAAGAUGAUAAGUGAUGAAUGGAGUAGGAUUCGGCUACUAAUUCUAGCAGAUCUAUUUACCACAUGGAGAUCUCUUUAUUUGUUUAGCUCCCUUUUUGUUGGAGAUUAACUUUGGAAAUAAAGAUUGAAAUUUCA